CACACUUCCUACCCGUAUGGUAUGAAGGUUUAUUGUGAUGUGGACUCAAAGAACAAGGGUUGGAUGGUUAUUCAGAGGAGAAUGGACGGGUCUGUGGAUUUCAAUCGCAGUUGGACCGAUUACAAAGCUGGCUUCGGUUACUUGAGAGGCGAAUUCUGGUUGGGAAAUGAGCAUAUCUACCAGCUGAUUAAGGAAAAAUCGAGAGAGCUGAGGAUCGAUAUGGAGAAGUUCGAUGGAACAAAGCGGUAUGCGUUGUAUUCUGCCUUCAGUGUUUUAUCUGAGUCUGAGAAGUAUAAGCUCCAUGUGGCCGGAUACUCUGGAGACGCAGAAGACAGUUUAGAACGUGGUCAUAAUAAUCAAUCGUUUUCAACUUUCGAUGUCGAUAAUGACCGAUCGUCACGAUGCUGUGCUUGCAAGUACGGAGGAGGUUGGUGGUAUUACUCAUGUUUCUACGUACAUCUAAACGGAAAAUACGUUACAGAAAAGGAGACGGUUCCUUACUUGGGAGGAAUUCAUUGGUAUCACCUCACUUUGUACUAUACAUCUUUGAAAUAUGUGCAAAUGAGCAUACACUAAAAGUGCACUUUUAUUUUUUAUAUACCAUUUUACAAGGUAUCGGAGCCAACAUUAAAAUGUACAUAUAUCAUUCGUUUAUCGCCUUCGCAAACGAUGUUACUAAAUUUUAAAAAUAAAAUGUAUUUACAAAAUUCAACUUAAAAUAUAUAUGUGCUGUUACACAAUCUUUAUUAGUUUCUAAUAAAUUGUUUUACAAACAUGUACAGAAUAUAUAACCUAGACAUUAGUCAUAUGAUAAAAAAGGUCGAGCACAAUCGUUAUUUUGCCAUUUAUACGUAAUUCAUGCUUCUUCAAGUAUUUAUUCAGUGCUUCUGAGUUAUCAUAUGAUCACUAUUUAAGUUCGCGCAGACAGACAAAUGAAAAACAACCGUACAAUUCGAUAAACCAAAAAAAACCCUGAUAACUUUGCACACAAAAAAGAUUUAUCAGAAGUGGUCAGACCACUCAAUUGUUGCAAUCUGUGGACAAGUUUUCUUAUUUCGUGUCUUGUAAAAAAAAUCUCUUAAUGAAACAGCAACGGAUAAUUCGCAUAUUGCGUUUCGUAUCAAUUCUAUAAUAACCAGUCACAAUUAUUGUGACAGGCAUAACAACGUGCAAAGUGCGAAAGAAAAAAAAAUAUAUGCUUAAAGUGAAAAUAUUUAAGCGUUAGUGUUGGUGUUUUUCUUGAAAACCUCAUACUAACUAUGUAUAGCAUGUUGGCAACAAAAUAUCAAUUUGACAAGUCUUCAACACUAUAACAGUAAUAAUGUACUUGCUCCGUUGAUCACAUCAAAACUAGUUUAUACCACAUAAAUUGAAUUCGUGUCCGUAAAUUUAGAUGCAUUUGUAAUUUAAGAAACAGAACAAGAGCUGUCAUCAUAGGAUGACAUAAGCCCACGAA